AUGACAUCUGGUAGUCUCUUAUUUUCAGAGCAUCAUUCUCAAGUAAAUGCGAAAUCUAUUGAGUUUCCUUCUGAAAAUUCUACUUCUUAUACUGUAAAUGAUCAUAUUUUACUUGGCUCUAGCAUUCCAUGUGAUUUAGAUCGUUCAGAUUAUGUGGAGAAAUCUUUUGUUCAAAAAAUAUCAAAAGAAUCAAUGUUAUAUUCUCAGGUUUCUUCAUCUAAUUGUGAAGCUAUAUCUUCUAUAAAUCAUACAGUUUUAAACUCUCAAGUUAGCAUUUUUCCUGAACAAUUUUCUUAUUAUCCAACUUGCGAUUCUUUGAAACAUGAAUUUAAAACGCCUACUGAAUAUGUACUUUAUAUUCUUUUUGCUCAGUUUGUUUGUAUUACUGAAAAAAAGUUCAAUACUAUAUUGGCUUAUCCUUUGGAUUGGGAGCCUAAUAUUGUUAAAAUAAUUGGUGAAGGUGUUGAUCCUAUAUUUGAUAAAAUUUUAAGAAGUUUGGGAUAUAUAGCUAGGUAUAAGCCUAAGCCUGUUAUCGAUUCAUUUAUGUAUUGGAGAAAGUCUAAGUCAGAAACUUCUAUAAUUCCUAUGCUUAAUAAAGAGUGUUUAUUUGGUGGGGAUAUUAAAAAUGAUUCCCAAUCCCAGCAUGAUUCUAAUUUGAACGCUAUUCAAUUUAAUCGGAAAGUUUCUGUUAUAAAGGAUAGAACAUCCCUUAUUUCUGUAUUUAUCUUAUGUAGGGCACUUAUUGAAAUAGUAAAGCAAGUUUCUGCAGACGCUUUAGGAAAUGAUCUUGGAAAUAAACUUGAAGAGAUUGUUUUUAAUCAGCUUCGAUAUACUAAUCCUAGAGUAUUAUCUACUAGUAUUAUUAGGUUGGCUAAUUGGAACUUAUUUGUUGAACUUCUUGGUUGGAUGAGUAAAGUUCGUUUUUCUAGUGUUAGUGACCGUUUUAUCGCUGAUCUUGAAAAAUUCAGAGGAAAUAUUACUAAGGAGAAGGAAUUAAAAGUUGAGAUGGUUAUACAUGGUAUGAAGUCUUUGAAAAUAAAGUUAUUUCCUGAGGAUGCAUUGGAAGAAUCAUCUGAUUUUGUUGCAAGUUUAGUUAGAUUUUUUGAAGAAACACGUAGCAACCGUAUAAAGUAUGCUUAUGCUAAUCUUUUUCAUCAUUCUAUGCUUCCUAUGGUUGAUAGUGCAACAGCAGAGCUUAAUUUUCCUUCAUGGGCUAAAACUAUUGAGAUGUUAUAUCCCAAAGUUAUCAAAAUGUCUAUGAAAAUUCGAUUGUGGAGUGUUGCAUUUCCUUUGGCUACAACUCUUCUUUGUGUCAGUCCUAGAGAUAUGUUUUUGGCUAAUUGGCUUAAUUUAAUUGAGUCUAAUAUAUUAAAAUUGAAAGAUAAGACUACAAGGGUCUGUUUGGUAACAUGCAUAGCAAGAAUGACGUGGGUUUAUUUAUUUCGUUAUUCUGAAAGCCUUAAUACAACUAUAAAGAAAUUAGAUAAUUUAAUUUUUAUACUUUUUCCUCCUGGAAAACGGCUUUUAGGUUUUUCGGGUUUAAAUUUGGUUCUUGUUGCUUUUAUACGUUUUAUUGGGUCAAAAUAUCCAGAUUAUUGUUUUAAAGAUGUUAUAUUUCCUCUUAUUAGUAUUGAUAUAUCUAAACUUUCUCAAGAUUUUUUUCUUGAUGAUUUGUCUCCGGAAAAAAUGAUAGUUGCUAUGAAAGCUGUUUUGGCUAUUGUUUAUGACUUAGUAAAUUUUGGGAAUAGACCGUCAUUUCCUGUAGUUAUCGAAGAAAUUCCGGAAUGUUCAGAUGAACAGCUUGAUUCUAUAUUUAAUGUUAUAAAUGAAUCUAAUAUUAAAGAUUAUUAUGAAUUAUUUUGUCAAAUGGUAUUUAAAAUAGCAUAUGUUUGUGAUCAGAAUUAUGGUUGUCAAAUUGAGGAAGAGGAUUCAUUAUUGUUGAAAAUAACUAUUCCUUUAAACAAUGCACUUCAAUUGUCUGGAAACUUUAAAGAUAAUCAAAUAUAUUAUGAACUUUUAGUUGUUAGUUUUGAAAUCUUGUCAAAAUGUUUGUUUAAAGAAGUUUCUCUUGUAAAAGUAGUUGAUAUGAUUUGCAGAAAUCUUUUGCAUUCUGAAUAUGAUGUUUCAAAAGCUGCAAAUAAUGCAUUGGAGAUAAUUGCUAAACAAGAUAAAGUACAAAUAGUUUUAACAGCAGUUUCUAAACUUAUAAAAAAAUAUGAUGAAUUGUUUUUAAAAGAAUAUAGUAUUUUUGUUACUGCUAAUCAAAAUAUCUUUGCUUGUACAGAGCGUAUAUUGCAACUUUUUGUUAGUUUAUUAAAGAUCUGGAUUAGACAAAUUAGUGAUAAAAUGAAAAGAGGAAAAGAUGCUUCUGACUUUUUGGAUAAAGUUAAUAAUGAUACUAAUUUUGAAAAAACAGAUGAAAUGACUUGUAUAAUGAUUUUAAUUGAAGAAAUAGAAUCAAGUGGUUUUUUUUUCAUAUGUAGUCAAUCAAGGAUUAUAAGAUGUUAUGGUUUUAAGAUUUUACAUUUAGUUGCAAAAGUCGAUGAAAUUAUUAGUAAAUAUAUUCAAAAUAAUACAGAAAAUAUUUGUUCAAAUGAGUCUUUUGGAUGUACAGAUGCUAUUUACUCUAGAAUGAUAGAUAUAUUUUAUAAUGAUGGCAUAAGAUUGUUAUCUUUUUCUAUGGAGUCUUUGUCAGUUGUUGAGUAUAACCGGUUACAAAAAAUUCGUGCUGACAAAUCUAAUAAUAUACUUAUAAAAAUAUCAGAAAGUGAGAAUACUAUUGAUGCUGCUAUUUGGUUUCGUGUUUUUCCUAAGCUUAUUAAAUUAUGUUUUGAGAAAUUUCCAAUUAACAUUCUUUUUUGUCGUAAUGCUGUUUGUUUAAGGUUGAUGCGAAUGCAAAGAUUCAUUAUGAAAGUUGCUGAAACUUCAAAAAAAAAUAGUUCCUUUGAUAUAUUGUCGAAAUAUUCUAAAUAUUCUACUUUUUCAGAUAUUAUUGUUGAGCAGUGGAAAUUAUAUCUUAUAGUUGCAUGUUCUACAUUGACGUCCACUAGUGAUGAGGUUUUGAAAUAUAUUCAGAAAUAUGAACAUAAAAGGAAUAUUAUGAAUAUAUUUUUUGAAGAAACUAUUUCUGCUCAUUCAGUUUUUGAAGAGAUUUUGCCAUUGUUGGGAAUAGAUUGUAUUAUUAUUAAAGAUGCUAUAGUAUCUGCGUUAGAAUGUAUAAAUGUUAACGUAUAUCGAGUAUUAUUGGAAGAUUUGCAACUUGUAUUGAAAAAGUCAGCGGAAAAUAGUCAUUCUUUUCAUUUUCAAACAUCUGAAAAAAAUUAUAAAAAUGUGUUAUAUGAUUUAUUAACUGAAAUCACCCAUGUUCUUCAGCUUACUUCGCAUUUUUUAGUAAAAGAAGACAUAAUUCAAGAUGAAUGGAUAUUGAAUACGUUAGUAUCUUAUAUUAAAGAUAUUAAAAUAUUUCUUGGUGAAUUAAAUGUUCAAAGAGAGUGGGAGUAUCAAAAGUUAAAACGAUAUUUUUGUGGAUUACUUGAAAACGUAUAUGAAGGAGUCUGUAGGACUUCUGAUUCUUUAAAAUGGAUAUCAUUUGAUGAUCGGAUAUCUUAUUUUCGUAUGAUUGAAGAAUGGAGUGGAUAUAGUUUUUACGAAACAUUUUCUCAAAACCAUGAAGAGUGUAUAAAACAACUGGUUUUGGACCAAUAUAAAGAUGUCCGUGAUUGUAAUCCUAUAAUUGCAUCCCUGGAAAUUGAAAAAAAGAAUCUUCAGAUGGCUGCACUUAAUUGUAUGGCAUCACUUUGUUCUGGAAGAAUCAUUCAAGUAACAGAAAAUAAUAGUAAUAAAAAAGAAGUUAUUUCGUUUGACAUUGAUGUUUUUUUUCGAUGGGCUAAUUCAUUAUUUUUGAGUCAAAAUGGGAAAGUUGUAGAUGUAGGAUGUAAGGCACUUUAUAAUUUAUUGCGACAUAAUUUAGAUUGUUCUGUUUUGCUUGAAAAUACUGUGCAGCAGUGUUAUAAGUAUCAUUUAGAAACAAAGUCUUCUCAAUGUUAUUUUUCUGUGCUUGCAGAUGUUUUAAUAGAGGCUCCUGUGUUUCCUUAUCUUAUUUAUCAAAUAUUGGUUCUUUGUUUAUUUAAAAUUGGUGAUAGUGAUUUGGAUAUGAGAAUUAAUGCUUUACGGUUGUUAAGGUAUUCUGAGGAAUUAUUUUAUGGUAAAUCAUUAGUAUCAGAAUUUGAAGCAGCAAUUUUUAAUAAUACUAUUGCUAUUUAUAAGCGUGGUCAAUAUCUUUUACUUUCUCGGUAUUCAAAAGAGUAUUCUGAUUUGGCUUUUAUGGUAUUCUCUGAAUGUUUAAAAUGUUUUUAUUUAGUGUCUGAAAAUUCUCAAAAGGAUUUACUUAUAAUAUUAUUACAUUGGAUUGAAGUUAUAGAACUUCAGCUUGAUGCAAAUGAUCAUUUAAGUUCGUCUUCUUAUAUGGUUUUAGUCAAUCUUUUAGAAAUUGAUGUAAAAUAUGGAGAUAAAUUUCGGAAUGAAAUAGAAGAAUUAUGGACUGCGUUAGUUUCUGGUCCUCACGUUGGUAAUAUAAAGAUUAUUCUUAAUUUUUUUAUAUCACAGUGUAUAGAAAGGAAGGACCCAAUGUUGGUUAUUCUGGCAAAACAUAUUAUAGUAUAUCUUAAUAGAUCUCCAUUGGGAUUUAAAGUUGUUGAUACUUUACUUAAUUAUCUUCAAAAUUCUCGUUCAAUGAUUCCUCAGCUUCUUGAACUAAAUCAAUAUUCUAAUACUGAUAUGAAUUAUCCUUAUAUGGCUAUAUUUGAUGAUUUUUUUCCCCUUCCAAAGAAAUCUGUUAUUUUUUCAUAUGGGCAAGUAGCAUUAAUAUUUAUGGUCGACUUAAUAAUAGAAUCUGACUUUUCUAUUUCUUCUAUUCUACCAUUAUUAUUGCAUGUUUCAUUUAUACAAUUAGAUCAUUAUGCUGGUUUAGUAAAAGACCAAGCAAAAGAAAUGUUAAUAACAUUAUUAAAUCGUAUUGAUUUAAAUGGUUUGAAGGAUGAGUUUUUAAAAGUAAAGGUUAACCUUGUCAACAUUUUGCAAUCUAAGAAUUCUAAAUUGCUUUGGGCUUAUGAUGAUUUGAAUCAAAUUAAAAAAGUUCCUAGAAUACCUGGAGAAAUGAAAAAAAUGGUUGAUGAUGUUUUGAAAAUAUGUUUUAUAGAAUAUGAUGAUUUACGGCAAAUGUGGGGAAAAAUCGCAAUUACAUGGGCAACGUCAUGUCCCGUUCGUCAUCUUGCAUGUCGAUCUUUUGAAAUAUUUAGAUGUCUGUUUCUUCCAUUAAAUCAAAAUAUACUUGCUGAUAUGUUAGCAAGGUUAUCAAAUACUAUCUGUGAUACUUCACUUGAUAUCCAAGGUUUUGCUAUGGAAAUAUUAGUGACUUUGAAAGUUUUGACCGAGAAACUUGAUAACUCCGAGUUUAGGAAUUACCCUCAAUUGUUUUGGGGUAUAGUAGCAUGCUUAAAUACAAUUCAUGAACAAGAAUUUAUACAAUGUGUUUUGAUUUUAGAAGAAAUAAUGAAAAAAAUUGAUUUAGGCUCUCAUUCAAAUGUUGUUUUUUUAUUGUCUAUGUUUCCUUCUAAAUGGGUUGGAAAAUUUGAUGGAAUACAAUCAUUAAUUUUGAAAGGUUUAAGAUCAUCUGCCUCUUAUGAUAUAACUCUUAGAAUUUUGGAUUUUAUAAUUGAAUUACCUAAUAAUGAUAUUGUUGGUAAUAAUGAAAGGUUAUUAUUUGCUAUAUUGGCUAAUUUGCCUCGUUUUUUGGUUGCUUUAGAGAAUACUACAAUGUCCCAAGAUGUUAUUAAUUGUGCGAAAAAACUUCAAAUUAUGGCUAAUGUUCAAGGGCUUUUAGAAUUAGAAAAAAUUAUUUUUUCUUUUUCUAAGUCACGGUUUCGUGUUAAAGAGGAUUUUAUAAAACAAAUUGUUUUUAUUAUUCGUGAUAUAUAUUUUCCUGAAUGGGAAAUACCUGUGCUUGUAUUUAUGUUAGGAAUGUUGUCAAAUAAAUGGAGAUGGGUUAAAGUAAAGACUAUGGAUAUUCUUAAAGUUAUGUUGCCUUAUAUAGAUACUAGUAGGCCAAAGUUUUCUGGAUUUGGUGCAAAUUUGAUAUCACCUCUUCUUAGGCUUUUAAAAACAGGAUAUUCUCAGCAAGCUUUAGAAGUUUUGGAGAAAAUAACUGUUAUAUCUGGCGGAUCUAUAGAUAAAUAUGUUCUACGGAUGGUUUUGGGUGAUAAACAUGUCCGAAAAGAGUGUCAGAAAAUUGAUGAAUUGUUUGGUAUACCUGAUGAAAAUGGAUGGGCAGUAGCUAUGCCUUCUGUUGUUGCUGCUACUACUAGGUCGAAUGUUCACUCUGUGUUUUAUACAUGUGCUAUUUCAUUUUCAAAUGAGCGUUUAAUUACUUCUGAUAUUCAGUUUCAUGUAGAUGAUUGUUAUCAUGGAACAGAUGAUUGCUCAGCAACUGCAUUUUCUAUAGCCUCUGAAGAAUGUGGAGAAGGUGAUUCGCUUGAUGAUAUGGUGUCAACUUUGCAUAGUCUUGAUAUUUUCUUUGCAGAGGAUGGUUCGAGUACUUUACAUGAUUAUAAAACUUUUGUAGCUGAUACUGGUUCUGGAUUUGAUUCUAUAGAGAAUGAUUUGGGUGUUCAUGAUAGUCAAAUGGCUUCAAUUUUUACAGGUUUUGAUACAAUAAAAAUAACAGAUUCACUAAAUUCAUCUUUGACAUCUAUCUUUACUGAGUCAAAAAGUUCUGAUAAAGUUAGCUUAAAUAAAAAUACAGAUUUAGUUAGUAGUAAUAAAGUUAAAGUUUCUACUGUCACUGGAUCUUUAUUUCCGGAAAUUGAUAGGAAUUAUUCCUUGUCUGAUGAUAAACUUGCAAUGAAAAAUGAAGAUAAUGGUAUUAAUGUUACUGAUGAAACCUAUGAAGUUUUUUUUUCUCUACAUGAUUCUUUAAAAAUAUGA